UUCUACCUGUUAAGUCAUGUCAUCCGAUCUGGUGAAAAUAUACUUUGGUUCGUUCUUCUUAUUUUUUUUCUAAAUUAUUCUACUCAACCAAUAGCAUAAUAUAUUCAGGUGUCAAAGAUAAUAGGUCUCACUCUAGGAAGAUGUUUUGGGACAUUUCAAUUGUGAGGUGUCCUCGGUUUGUUUCAAUUGUGAGGUGUCCUCACUCUAGGAAGAUAUUUUGGGACAUUUCAAUUUUGGGACAUAAAAGUUGUUAAGGCCCAUAAGGCCCAUAUUGCCUAUAUGCCUAUAUAUAUGCUACAGUACCCGUGGGGGUGAUUAUCUCGCCUAAUCCAAGGUUAGUCACAUGGUAUCAGAGGAGGUUAGGGUUAGGGUUUACGUCUAAGCCCACCCUGAUCCAAUUUUUCGUCGCCGUCGCGCCGUCGCUGUGCUGUCCUCGCGGCCAGCUCCUUCCUCUUCUCCGGCUGCUGUCGCAGUCCUUCCACUCCCGCCCGCCGUCGCGGCCGCGGGUCCCUUUUCCUGGCCGCCGUCGCGGCCUGCUGGCCGCCGCUUCGUCGAGGAUUCACCGUCCCUGCGCAUCCGCCGUCCAGAUUCGCGCACAUCCGCGCCGUCCGCGCCGUCGACCUGCGCAUCCCGCCGGAUCCGCUCUCUCCGCGCCGUCGACCUGCGCAUUCCGCCGUCCGCCGGAUCCGCCCUCUGCCAUCCCGCCGUCCGCCGGAUCCGCCCUCUGCCAUCCCGCCGUCCGCCGGAUCCGCCGUCUGUCUGCCGCGCCCGGUCCACCUGCUGUCCCUGCGCCAAUCGCAGAUUUGCGCAGAUCUGCCCGCCGUUUCUGCGCACGGCCUGCUUUGCGCAAGAUCCGACGUCCAGGGAGUGCGCAGAUCCGGCUGCUGUCAAAUCCUGCCACAUCUGUCGUCCCGCUGUCCCUCGUCACCAUCGCAGUCACCUCGUCUUGUGGGCAGGGCUGCAGAUCUGCGCCGUUGCUGUCUCUGCGCAGGUGGCUGCCAUUGCGGGCAGAGUUGAGGUGGCCUUGAUUAUCUGCAGCAGGGUGACAGCUGCUGUCCAUCUCGGUUUCCGCUGCCCAGGAUCUUCGUCAAGUCGUCCAAGUCGGGCUGCUGUCAGUUGCGGCUCCUCUGGUUUGUUUGGUUUCACUUAUUUCCAUUGAAUUCAAUAUGACGACAAAUGCUAUUGUGGUUAAUAUCACUCUCGAUGGUCAAAAUUAUCCGGAGUGGGCUUUCUGUGUUGAGACUGCACUCCGGGGACAUGGAUUACUCUUCCAUUUGACUGAUGCGGCACCUGUUCUUGCUGAUGAUCGUCGCAAUGCUGCUGAUAUCAAAACAUGGCAGCUUAAUGAUGGUAAAGUGAUGGCUGCUAUGGUGAACAGCGUCAAACCGUCUAUGAUUAUGAGUUUGUCUAAAUUCAAAACUGCUAAAUCCAUCUGGUCUCAUUUGAAGGAGCGUUUUGUUCAGGAUAGUGGUGCUCUAUUACACACCCUUAUGCAGCAGACACAUGUUAUUGAGCAAAAUGAUAUGAGUAUUGAUGAGUACUACUCAGCCUUUGAUCGCCUGAUGAGUGCUUUGACAUCAAUGGUGCCUGCUUGUACUGCUGAUCCAUGUCCGGCUCAUAAGUUUAUUGAGAAGUUCUUCACUUACAGAUUUGUUAUGGGUGUUCGGGCCGAGUUUGAUUCUCUUCGUGCUCGUUUACUUCAGGGUUCUGACACUCUCACAAUGGCUAAGGCGCUGUCUGAUUUACUUGCUGAAGAGACUCGUCUUAACUCUCUUUCCUCUAAUGGUGGUAAUCCUCACAGUGUGUUGGCUGCUGCCCAGAAACCUAAGAAUAUUUUUAAGCCUUGUGAUCAUUGUGGCAAGACCAAUCAUCGAUCUGAGCUUUGCUUUGUCAAAUUUCCUGAGAAGUUGACUGAUUUCCGUGCACGACGUGCUGCUCGUGGUCGUGGUCCAGGACCAUCUAAUAGAGGCUCAGUUGCUGUUGCUGCCACUUCGUCCGCUUGUACUUCAGAGUCGGCCUGGGUACUUGAUUCAGGAGCUUCCUUUCAUGUCACAUCUGAUCAGUCAAAGUUGGCUUCUACUACACCUGUCACAGAUGGUGCUUCAGUGCAGACAGCUGAUGGACCUUCGUACAGGGGAAGUGAUUGGGACUGGCCGUCGCCGUAGAGCUGCUCCUCGCCUCUACAUCUUGGACUCUUUGCGGCUUCCUUCCUUGGCUACAUCUCCAGCGCAUGUGCUUUCAGCUACCCUUGCUUCUGUUGCGUCUUUUGCCCAGUGGCAUCAUCGUCUAGGUCAUUUGUGUGGAUCUAGAUUGUCUACUCUAAUAAAGUCAGGUUGCUUAGGUCAUACUUCGGUUGAGUCUGAUUUUCAUUGUAAGGGUUGUCAUCUUGGAAAACAAAUACAACUUCCAUAUUUUACUAGUCAUUCUCAUUCUGUUCAACCCUUUGAUUUGGUUCACUCUGAUAUUUGGGGUCCUGCACCUUUUGUGUCAAAAGGUGGAUAUAAAUACUAUGUUAUUUUUAUUGA